GAUCCUGCCGCUCGCCGCCUGUACGCUACCAUAUCGCCCUCAAUACUCAGCGCACUGCACCACAAAAUCAACCUGUCGCGUCAGUCACUCAUCCGGAGCGCCGCGCCCGCCGCGUCGCCUUUCUGCGCCCUGGCUGCUGCAAUAUGCUAUGAAAACAUAGCCCUACCUCAAGAAAGCAGCGCCUGGACAACUUCAUGCGCACUUCGCGUGACCUGCUGGCCCUGGAGCGAUGGGCUGCAUGGGGCGGAGCGACACUGACACUUGUCCCGUCCCGGGCUUCAGGCUCACUCAUACCUCUGCUUACACAUACAACAAGCGCUUACAAAGAACAAUACGAAAACAACUCGCAACACCGCAAUAUACGUCUACAUUGACGAGCGAGAACAACGAACACAAGUCGAUUCUGUUCAGCACCGACGCGACCGCAGAAGCCCUUACCAACACCUUCCAGGCCUUCCAUCUCUAUCAUACGUGAAGACUGGACCCCCUCGACUGCUGCUGGUCGACACUAUCUGCGUGCCUAUAGGGCAACGUCGAAGGAUGCGAGCCGGUAUGGCCGGCGUGUGGGUGCUGCUCCUCGUCGCAGCAGCCCAUCAGGCUGCGGCAGCAGGGAAUGGCAACGGCAACGGCAACAAUGCAGCCACAACGACAACAACAACAACAACAACAGUAGUUCCUGUGGGCAGCACGAGUACAGCGGCCACAAUCCAGCCGCUGUACACGCUGGGCAAUAAUGGUUGCCCAAUCAACAGCUACAAUUACUGCAUUGCCAAGAGCAAGUCAGGCUGUGCUGCAUGCGGCACCGUCAAUGGCGUAAACUCUACGGGCCCGACGACAGGCAACAACGGCUGCAAGACCAUUGAUGGUUUCGGCCAGAAUGUCCAGGCCUGCCGUAUGCCCUUCGGUGCCAUCACCGUGCGCUUCCCCAACGGUACCAAGUACACGGAAGAUUUCGGCGGCAUCGUGCCCCAGUCGGAGAUCUGCACCGGCAGCAUUGCCGCCACCCCUGUGUUCGCCUAUGCCGGCACCGGAGAGGAGAACCGCGUGGGCACGCUCGUCACCUACCGCACACAGGCUGGCUGGCUGGUGGCGACCGUUCGCCUUGAUUGCCCCUACCUGUCAUGGUUUUCCUACAACGGCAAGGACGCUCCGGGCGCCACAAUUGUGGAUGCCUACAACAGCGUCUACAACCUGACCACCAAGCAGACCACCGCAAACGUCACCACCCGCCGGCGCAACCUGCUGCAGGCCAACAAGGCCUCCACUACCACUUGCCCUUCGCUCACCACUGACGGUUCCGUCCUGUACGGCAACGGCAACGGGCAGUACCAGAACGGCAAGCCGGACGCUCGCAGCUACAUCGCUCUGUCGUACAAGGUGGACGGCGCUGUCACUGCCUUCAGCAUCCCCACGUACCGCUACCAGAACAACGGCGACGGCUCCAACAACGUGGAGGACAACGGCGGUGAUGGCUGGUACAGCUGCUACACGUUCAUGCACCAGGUGUCGUUCGGUUCCAAGAACACGGAUACUUGCGCCACCAUCAACAUGAACAUCGGGCUGUUCAUGUCCCAGAUCUUCAUGGUGUCGUCGGACGGCAAGCAGUGCGCGGUGAAGGCCAAGACCUCCAUCGUGACGCCGCCCACCACGACAACCCCGACCACCUCGGUGGUUGACCCGCCGGUCACCAUCACCACCGUGACUGCGACGCCGCCGACCCCGUCGCCGUCGCCGUCGCCCUCUCCGCCCUCGCCUGCGCCCUCUCCUCCGCCCUCGCCCGCGCCCUCCCCGCUCCCCCCGUCCCCAACGCCCUCUCCUCCUCCGUCCCCGGCGCCCUCUCCUCGUCCCCCCUCGCCGACUCCCUCGCCUCCCCCGUCGCCUCCUCCCUCUCCUCCUCCGUCGCCCACUCCCUCGCCGCCUCCCCCGGUGCCGGUGCCGUCGCCCUCGCCUCCGCCGUCGCCCACGCCCUCGCCCCCUCCCUCGCCUCCUCCCUCGCCCCGCCCUCCCUCGCCUACCCCGUCGCCUCCUCCCCCCUCGCCUCGUCCCUCGCCUCCCUCGCCUGCUCCCUCGCCGCCACCCUCGCCGCCUCCCUCGCCCGCUCCUCCCACCCCGGGCUCGGUCACCUGCGCUGCCAACGGUGGAAACUGCGACAAGCUGGUACAGACCACUGACCAGAACGGCCAGGGCAAGUGCUGGGUGAACGCUGCGACUGGCGAGUACGCCUUCUGCAUGUAUUCGGACCCCGGCAACAACACCGCUGUGGGUGUGGACCCCAACGGCAACAUCAACACCUACACCGGCGUUACUACUCCUAACGAGCAGAACAACGGUGGCCCCAUCCUGCCGCCCUCGCCUCCUCCCCCGAGCCCGUCGCCCCCCAGCCCCCCUCCGCCGUCGCCCAAGCCUCCCAGCCCGACUCCUCCUCCCUCGGUGUCGCCCUCUCCUCCUCCGUUCCCCUCUCCUCCCCCGUCGCCCUCGCCGCCCUCGCCUCCUCCUCCCAGCCCCCCGCCCCCGUCGCCCUCUCCCCCCCCUCCCUCGCCUCCCCCUCCCUCGCCUCCGCCUACCCCCAGCCCCUCGCCGCCUCCCAGCCCUCCUCCCUCCCCCUCGCCUCCUCCUCCCUCGCCCCCUCCUCCCUCGCCCGAGCCCCCGUCGCCCGAGCCUCCGUCGCCCUCCCCUCCCCCCCCGAGCCCCGGCACUGACAGCAAGGACACUCGCAGCGAGGGCCAGGUCCAGAUCAUCAAGUCAACCGGCGAGGACGAGAUCCUUCCCAACAUCGAUAGCCCUCCCCUCAUUCCUUCGGACACCCAGCCAUCUACUGGUCCUACCUCUGCCGCCGUUGAGGGCACGGGUAGCUUCACCGAGGUGGUGCCCGACUGUGUUGAGAACUGCGCCAUCGUCGGCGGUCCCGGCAAGGUCGAGGGCGGCUCUGCCGUGGGUGUGCCCGUUGAGGAGCUGAAGAACGUGGACACCAACGGCGGCAUGUCUGUGCCUCCCACCGUGCCCGAGGUCCCUGUGCCCACGGCCACCGUGGUCACCAACACCGACGGCUCCACCACCACCACCUACCCCAACGGCACCGUGGUCAUUGAGUGGAAUGACGGCACCACCAAGACCACCACCACGGACGGCACGACCAGCACCACGAAGGUUGACGGCACUGAGAUUGUGACCACCCCCAACGGCACCGAGACCACUACCAAGCCCAAUGGCGAGGUGAUCACCAAGUACCCCAACGGCACCAUCGUUGACGAGAAGCCUGGCGGAACCACCAUCACCACCACACCUGACGGCAAGACCGUGACUGAGAGCCCCGGCGGCACCGUCACCACCGUCACGCCCACUCCCAGCGGCGGCACCAACACCACCGUCGAGCAGCCCAACGGCUCCACCUCGACCACUAUCAAGGACUCCACCGGCAGCACCACCAGCUCCUCCACCAAGCAGCCCGACGGCACCAACUCCACUUCGACCACCACCUCUGGCGGCACCACCACCGUGGUCACUUAUCCCAACGGCACCAUUGACACGACCAACCCUGACGGCAAGGAGAUCAUUUCCUACCCCAACGGCACCACCGUGACCAAGAACACCGACGGCUCGACCAGCACCACCACCAGCUCCGGCACCACCACCGUCACCAACCCUGACGGCUCGACCAAGGUCACCACGUCUGACGGCACCUCCACCACCACCUAUUCCAACGGCACCGUCGUGACGGUCAAGACUGACAACACCACCACCUACACCUACCCCAACGGGACCACCAGCACCACAACUCCCGACACCACUGUCACCGUCAAGUACCCCGAUGGCUCCUCCACCGUUACCCAGCCCGGCGGCACCACGAUUGUGACGACCACCGACAAGACCGUCACGGUCACUGAGCCUGAUGGCACCAAGACUGUGAUCACGGUUGACGGCACCAAGACCGUCACUGAGCCUGAUGGCACCAAGACCGUUGAGAAGCCGGACGGCCAGGUCACCAUCGUUGAGCCCGAUGGCACUGUCACCAUCAAGACCCCUGACGGCAAAGUUACCGUCACUGAGCCCAAUGGCGUGACCACCGUCACCACGACCAACGGCACGACUACCAUCACCGACCCUAACGCUGGCACCGUCAAGGAGAUUCCUCCCAGCGGCAACCCCGUCACCACCACCACCUCCGAUGGCACCAAGACUGUUGUGGACGGCACCACCGGCACUACCACCACCACGACACCUGGCGGCGACGUGACCGUGACCACCAAGGACGGCACCACCAACACCAACCGCACGGACGGUGUGGUCAUUGUCACCACCCCUGAUGGCACCACCACCACCACCGUCCCCGGCGGCACCACCGUCACCGAGUUCAUUAACGGCACCAAGAUUGUUGACGACAAGAGCACCGGCACCACGACCGUCAGCUACCCCAACGCCACCACCGUGACCACCACCAAGGAUGGCACGAUCACCACCGUUGAUGCCGACGGCACCACCAACACCACCACCUCCACCGGCACCACUACCAUCUGGUACCCCGAUGGCACUACCGUCAUUGACCCGCCGGGUGUCGGCAACGUGACCGUGAUUUACAUCAACGGCACUGUCGAGAUCAUUGCCCCGAACGGCAGCGAGAGCAUCACCUACCCCAACGGCACCAGCAAGGAUGUGCUGCCCAACGGCUCCACCAUCACCACCUACCCCAACGGCACCGUGAUCACCACCACUCCUGGUGGCACCCCUCAGAUCACCCAGCCGCCCACCACCACUACCACCACCACUGACAACUCCAAGGUCACCACGCUUCCGGACCAGACCACGGUCACCACCAAGCCCGAUGGCUCAACCCAGAUCCAGACGCAGGAGGGUGUCAACAUCACCACGGACAAGACUGGUGUCACCACGGUCACGCCGCCUACGACCACUCCUGAGGUCACGCCCCCGGUCACCGUUGUCAAGCCUGACGGCAGCUCCACCCAGAAGGACCCCGACAACACCGUCACCACCCAGGACACCACCGGCAAGGUUACAACCGUGAUCCCGUCCAACGACCCCACGGUGCCUCCCGAGGUCAUCGUGAACAACCCCGCCACCGGCGAGACCAUCCGCACUGUGCCCGAGAUCCCCAUCGUUCCUGAUGUGGUCACCCCCACCCCCAGCCCCAGCCCGAGCCCCAGCCCGAGCCCCAGCCCGAGCCCCAGCCCCAGCCCCAGCCCCACUCCCACCCCGCCUGUGGAAGCCCCGGUCACCGUCAUCACCGUCCGUGACAGCAACACCGACACACCGCUGGUUGCCAUCAUCACCUCCAACGGCGACACCACCGUGCAGACCAGCAACGGCACCGUCGUGACCACCGAGGUCGAGACUGGCCAGACCACCACGGUCACUACUGACGGUAUUGUCAAGGUCCAGGACCCCAGCACUGGCACCACGUCCGUCACCAACACAACUACUGGUCAGACCACCACCACCAUUGCCGUGCCCGUGCCGGCGCCCGAGCCCACUGGCCCCUUCUGCUCCUGCCCGCCCACGGUUGCCAAUGGCGCUACCUGCAGCUCUGGCACCCCGCUGGAGUGGUACACGCGUACCGUGAAGCCCGACGGCUCCUUCCAGGACAACUUGGUUGCCACGCAGUGCGUCGACGCCCCCACUGUCACCAACGCCGACACCGGCGCCGUGGUGUUCUCCUUCUGCUGGCGUCGCGCCUGCAUCACCCAGGGCAAGACGCUGGACAAUGAGGCCCUGUUCUUCAAGGCGCCUGCGGUGGCCCUGCCCGCCAAGUACCAGGCGAGCUCCAGCUACGGCAUUGCGCUUACCAUCCUGCGCCCCAGCUGCGCCACCAAUGCCGCCGCCACCGGCCACACCGUUGCCGCCAACUUCAUGCCCCUGGACUUCAACGAGGCCGAGACCGUGGAGACCACCCAGGCUUCUGGCGGUCUGCUGAACUUCGACGCCAAGAUUGUUGCCCCCGGCGGCUGCGAUGACACCGGCGCCACCUACAUGCUGAACAUCAUGGCCAUCUCGCUGGUGGAGACCGUGUACAACCAGUGCCCCAAGCACGCCAUCCCCGACGGCACCAACGGCAAUGCCGACUGCACGUUCCCCCUGGUGCCCGUGUACCUGGACAUCACGGACGCCAACUUCGUGAAGGAUCCCAGCUUCCCCACCUACAAGCAGUGCGUGGACCCCUGCAACUUCGACCUGUUCAGCGGCGAGCUGGCUUGCUCGUACUGCUGGUCGUUCGGCCAGCUGCCGCCGCAGUUCUCGUCCAACUACUUUGUGAUUGAGCUGCGCAACGUCACCAAGUACAACAUUGACCUGAUGGCCGGCGGCACCUACCGCUCUCUGGUCAACCAGCCCCAGCUGAUCAUGCCCGACGGCAAGAAGGUGGAGGUGACGUUUACCCUGAACCCCAAGGACGAGAUCAAGGGCAAGGGCGCCAAGGCCGUUGUCUUCACCACCAACGGGAACUACACCCUGCCCGAUGGCGUUGCCCCGGUCAGCAGCAUUGGCGACAUUCGCGGUGACUUCACCAAGACCACCAAGUACGGCGGCAUCCACGACGUGAACAUGCAGAUCAAGGUGCCCCGCGGCCUGGACGACCAGUCCGUCUCCGUGCAGAUGUUCGGCAGCCCCAACCCGCCGCCGCCCGAGGUCCUGUGCCCCUGCCCCACGCCGCUCAACUCGGAGGGCGACUGCGACGGCACCCUCACCAAGAUCAAGCUGUACCCGUCGGACAACUCCACCACCUUUGUGGAGGGCUGCAUCCCGUCGCCCUACUGGGACGGUGCCAAGGGCGAGCUCAUGAUCUCGCACUGCUGGCGCGCGUCGUGCCUGGAGAACCCGCCGUUCUUCACCCCCACUGCCGCCAAGCCCAACUCCCCGUUCUACCGCAAGGACUACGACAUUGAGAUGCUGCUCACGGACAAGUACAACAUCGCUGCUGUGCCCUCGGGCAAGCACGAGCUGUCGUUCUUCAAGCCUAAGGUGGUGGACAUGUUUGUGCAGUUCCAGUACGUGGACCGCGCCAGGCCUACGGAAACUGCCCAGUUCUCGUCUCGCGACGGCCAGGUGCAGUCCAUCACCGUCCCCGCCGGCGGCAUUGCCAAGAUGGGCCUGCGCAUGAAGGUGCCCUUCAACCCCAUCUACGACAUCAACUCGGCGUCGGCCAACCUGAACACCGACCCGUCGCGCCUCAUCCCGCCUCCUCCUCCCCCGCUGGCCAUCACCAACUACUCGUACACCAUCAACCGCAACGCCCAGGUCCUGCGCUCCACGGUGCUCAUUGACGACCUGCUAAACGUGACCACCGCCGCCUCCAACGGCAGCGACGCCGCCUCCGGCGCCUUCAACUUCACCCAGGUCAAGUCCACCUUCGCGCGCGACUUCAGCAACGACAUCGACAUGAGCAUGUCGGGCUACAUCAUGUCCCAGGACAUUUCCUUCCCCGACUACGGCCUUGUGCAGUCGUGCACGUCCGCCGACGUGCAGGCCGUGAUCAACAAGAUCGCAGCCAAGUACGGCGUGAGCCCCGACUCCAUUGCCGCCUCUUGCCAGUACGACUACAAGAAGCCCGACGCCGUCACCACUGUGACCGCAGCGCAUCGCCGCCGCCGUGGCCGCAGCCUGCAGCAGACCACCGUCACCACGCCCGCCGUGUGCUACCCCCGCAUCUCGAUCACCGUGUCGAUGCCGCUGGGCGUGCCCAUGGACGGCAAUGUGACCAAGGCCCUGGCCGCCGCCACCACCGCCGCUGAUGCCGUCUACGACGCUGUCGGCACUGACGCGUGCUACGUGCCCACCGGUGCUGAGAGCCGUGUUGGCACCGUGGUCGCCUUCACCACCACCAACAGCAAGGCCACCUGCGAGUACAUCACUCAGGCCUUCGCCAACGCCGGCAACUUCACCGCCGACAUGAUCCGCACCUACAACUGCGGCGAGGAGAACCCCAAGAAGCCCUACCCGCCCGGCCUCAUUGCUCUCUGGUGCGUGCUCGGUGUCCUCGGUGUUGUGGUCAUUGGCGUGGUCACCUACCUGGGCGUGUCUUGGCGCAAGCGCCGUGCCGCCAACCUGCAGUUCGUCAACCAGGAGGGCGCCAUCAGCGGUGGCCUACCGAAGGUUGCACCGUCGCCCUCGUCUCUUGCCAUGGGCGGCAACGACUACAAGUACUCGACGAAGGCUGCGGCGGUGGCUGAGGGGCUGCAACGCCCCGACACGCCAACCCGCUACUCGCCGCGCGCGGCGGUGCCCGCCAUUGAGCGGAACCGCGUUGUGCCGGUAUAGUAGGCUAAGCAGCAAGGAGUACGGGGUGACUCGCUGGCUACACGCAGCGUUUCAUUGUCUUGCAGCGUGUGUACGUUCACGUGGUACAAAUGUGUGGAGAUAACUCGACGUGUGUAAAUUGUGUUCACUUCUGCUUGCAACAUUUGCUUCUCCCCUGACAGUGUCUUGUGUUCGUUCUUGGUCGUGUGGUCUUGACGAAUGGGCAGAUUUCGUUGACAAGAUGUGUGUGACGCUUGUUCAAGCAACGAUGGUACUCGAAAUUGAGCGGUCUGUGUGAGAGUGACUUCCCAGGCAGGCCUGACAUUAUAUCUGCGUGCAUUGCUAUGCGGACUCGGCAUUCUUGCUUGGCGCAUGCAGUGCACUCCGUAGACAGUACCGGACAGGUGGACGGGUGCUGGAGGCGCUGAAACAUGACUUGUGCCCCACCCACUGGUAAAGAAGGAACUGCAAGAGUCUGCACGGGCACAGGGCAAACAACCUGGGCAUGACGGAUAACAUCCAAGUGGCUGGCGGUAUGAAUUGUUGGGUUGAGCCACUGGCAUCGUCACUUUCAUCUGCGCCCGCAUGCACCGAGUCAAGUCGAGCCGGCCCUGCACAGGGGCGCGGUUGUGUGUGCGGUGUGAAUGCGCCUUGCCCUAAUACUCGUGACGUGGCCAUAUGUCCUAUGGUGUUUGGGUGGACACGUCAUCAGGCCUGGCCUGGUGCCUGUGUGGUUACCCAAAAUUUUACGCCUCCUGUCGCCGUUGCAGUGAGCUCAUGUCCAUGUUGUGAAGCAGGGACGCUGAACUAGCGACGUGGGGGCGGUGCAUGGGGUUUCUACGCACCACCCUGCAAAGCACGCGUGUCGUGCGCUGCAGGGCGGCUUGGUGCUGCCGCAUAGCACAAGCCCUUUGCCGAGGGGCUGGGCAACAUGAACAGGCGGGAACGAAUGCGUGCUGAUCAAUUGGCGCUGAGAAAAUGCGCUGAAGGCCCCAUUGUUUGGGUCAGCUUGUGUGUGGAAGCUAACCGCCGUGUGAAUGCGGGGCCCACCAUUGUGUACAGUUUGAGGCUACAUAAAGAAACCUGUCCACCAGAGGUGCGCGUAUGCGAUUGACUGUGCUGUAAUGAUGCAUGGAUCUGACUAUGUACUCGUGCGCUAGGGGCGCGACUGAAGUGCCGGCCCCUCUGCGCGUGCUGCAAUACGCACGCCUACAUUUACGAGGUGCAUAGGAGACGAGCCGCCCCAGCCUGACGGUUGGGGAGCUUGGAGUGGAGAUGUCCACGGGUGUAACCCAUUGGGAUG